GGGUCUGCGGCAAUUCUUUUGGAUCAGAAGACAAAAAGGAGUUAAAAAUUAACACAGAGACAAUUCGUUUUAGUUUCGAUUUGAUUUGGAAAUAGGAGAUAGAAAUUUAAACCGGAAUGCAUCUCGUUGAGUUUGUUGGUAGCAAGGGCGGCAAUGCCACAAGACUCAAGUGGAGAUACCCACCCAUAGAAGCCAUAAAUGUAGGAGAACCAAGGAUCGUCACUUCUCUUCAGAAGUGCCCCAAUAGUCCUGAUAGCAAUGGCAGCAAGGCCAACAGAAGCAAGUCUCCAGUGUUUACUAUGGAUGGUGUCACUUCUCUCCACAAGUGCCCCAGUAAUCCUGGUAGCAAGGGUGGCAAGGCCAAAAGACUCAAGUGGACACACCUUGUGCAGGAUUACGAAGGCCCCAGUUCUCCUGCAGGCACAAAGGUGGAAGAACCAAGGAUUGUCACUCCUCUCCAGAAGCGCCCCAGUAAUCCUGGUAUCAAGGGCGGCGUGGCCAAAAAACUCAAGUGGUCACACAGUGCUUUGGAUUAUGAAGGCUCCAGUUCUCCUGGCACGAAGACGGAAGGACCAAAUAUUGGUACUUCUUCUCUCCACAAGCUCCGUAGUAAUACUGGUAAGUGUUUGGUUUGUUCCUCUGUAGACGACCACCCUACAUCUCUAUGCCCGUACCUGGAUUUUCUCCCAGAUGAUGCAAUUGUCAGCAGUGGGUGUGACUUAGUUUGUAAUUUUUGUAGCAAGUCAAAUGGAAUUUGCAAAUGUUGGAAAGAGGAAGGACAGUGUUUUCUUCUCAAGUUUUGUCGAUUUUGUUCAAAGAGUGGAGAGCACUGGGGUUAUAUGUGCCCACGCCUUGAUCUUUGUUCUUCUCCUGUGGACUUUCCUGGUCAAACCUCAAGUGCACAGCUAUGUUAAAUGCUGUGGACCUUUGUUUUAGGGUUUGUGAGGAUGAAAAUCUGGUGUUUGGCUUCUAAGAAGUCUUGUGUUUUAUAUUCGAUGUGAAUCUCUAUGGAUGUUCAUGUGUAAAUUCUCUUGUAAGUCUUUUGUGACGUGAAUCAUCAAGUUGCUUCAACAAUGAGAUAUUUCUGCUUUGUUCACAUGCUUA